AUGAAUGGCUUUCCUCUAUUGCCUAGAAUCUUGGUAACUGCCGAAGUCGAAGUAUUCACCGUAAUCAACCCAUCUAACGGUCCCGGAUUAGCGCACUCCCAACCACCAGCCGAUUACCAAGUGUGUAUCCCAUCUCUGGUUGAUGCGGGUGCGAAGCAGAACACCUUACAUUUGCUUGGAUACGUCGACACUGCCAAUGGUCAACGCAACUCUGUGGAAGUUUUGAUGGAUAUCGAGACGUAUGCUGGCUGGGAUGAAGAGUAUCGACCGGAGGGGGUUUAUUUUGAUAAUUCUCCUACUGGUGCAGCAUAUUUGGCGCUUUUCAAUGAGUAUGGGAACUCUGUGAGAGAGUUAUUUGGUGAGACAGGUACGGUUGCUUUGAAUCCCAGUGCAGUACCAGAUUCUGGAUACUUCACGCUCUCUGACUUGAUAGUCACGGUGAACGAGGAUUACAAUAUAUUCAAUUUCGCAAACCUUCCUCUCAGCCCCUCUACACCAGUAGAGAAACAGAUUGUCAUCCUCUAUAAUGCACCCAACAACCUUGAUUUCUCCGAGACAAUUGUGGAUGAGAUCUCAGCCAUCGCGAACAUCAAAGCUUGUUUCAUCACGCCUUCAUCGAAAGAUACUGAAUACACUAGUGUACCGGAUAGCUUGUUCCAGUUGUUGGGCUCACUUAUUGGUAUGUUCAGGAAUUCAUUUGUAACAUUAUGCUAA